GGCUGGUGGUAUACGUUUCCGUGACAACUUUGCUCAUCUUGGGGCUGAUCCCUAAGCCUUGUGACAUACUCGUGGGGAAAACCACUGGCUACAGAAAGAGCGAAGAUAAAAUUUACGCACCUCCCAUCAGACCUGAGCCUCCUGUGGUUGGUUGACAGCCUCAAAACUCUACCCCUCCACAUGGGUAACCAGGAGUUAAGAAUACAACUUGCAAUGUACGGAUUGAGUCAAACAUUGCCAGUAUAACUGCCCUCAUUGGCUCUCUAAUAUGGAUUUCUUUCUUACUGCAAAAUCCAUCUAGUCACUUCCUGCUCAAGCGCUUUGCUGCUCUUCCGUUAUUCACUGAGUGGCUAGCCAGUGCAGAAUCAAUAGCUACUCCCUACAAGCAGUCUGGAUUCCUCAUAGGCACCAGCCAGGAUUCCACCUAGGGAUGCUCUUUCUCAUCAUCAGCAUGCAGUAGUGAGUGCUAAAAGGAGCACCGUUUCUUUUGCAGUGUAAGAUGAAUCUUACCUCUGCAAAACCUGAAAUGCCUUCUGAGUAAAUAGGACUGUACAUCUUUAAAGCACCGAGAAGGGAUGGAAACUGCAGCUGAGAGAGAAUUCAGGAACAAGAAGCCACAAAAACGCAACCUGGGUGUGGUAUGAAUAAUAAACACUUAGCUCUCUGAAGGCUUUGUGGCUGCCACAGCUCCUCUCAGUCAUUUCCUCCUCUAGUGGAUCAGUGUGUUCAGCGGGAGCUUGCACAGAUCUGGGAGCAACUUUGAUGAUCUGAAGCAUCGUCCUACCAGACAUGGAUACCUCGUCCAAGAAGCCAGGCCUGUCACAGAACAGGCUGAUAGGUUUGAUCGAAACGGAUGACAGCAUCCAGGAAGGUAGAUCUGCAACUGGUGAACAGGGAGAAAAUAAAGGGAAGGAAAAACCACCCCUGGAGACUCCUUACAAGAAAGAGAGCAGUGACUUUGAUCCAAAAAUCAUGAUUAACUUGAAUUAUCGACCAGGACUUUCCAGCAAUAGCCAAAAGGACCCAGAUCGGUUUGAUAGAGAUCGACUCUUUGGCGCUGUCUCGAGGGGUAACCGAGAGGAGCUGAAUGGUUUGCUUGAAUACUUGAGCAGGACCUCUAAAUUUCUCUCCGAUUCAAGAUACACAGAUGCUGAAACGGGUAAGACCUGCUUAAUGAAAGCCCUGCUGAAUUUAAAAGAUGGGACAAAUGCCACUAUCCCACUGUUGCUAGAAAUAGACCAGAAGACUGAGAACCCAAGGCCACUUGUCAAUGCUGCAUGCACCAAUAGUUACUAUGCAGGACAGACUGCACUCCACAUUGCCAUAGAGAAGAGGCACCUAGAUUUAGUGAAACUCUUGGUAGAGAAUGGAGCCGACGUCCACGCCAGAGCCCAUGGUGAAUUCUUCAGGAAGAAGAAAGAAGGAGUGUGUUUUUAUUUUGGUGAACUUCCCCUCUCCUUGGCGGCCUGCACCAACCAGUUUGAUGUGAUAAAAUACCUCCUUGAUAACCCCUACCAGAAAGCCAGGCUCCAGGAACAGGAUUCCCUGGGCAACACAGUUCUCCAUGCCCUGGUGAUGAUCGCAGAUGACACCAAGCAGAAUACCGAGUUAGUGUGCAAGAUGUAUGAUGAGAUCUUAAAGGCAGGCACCAAGAUUAACCCAGCAGAGAAGCUCGAGGAGAUAGUGAACCGGGCUGGGUUAACGCCACUGAAACUGGCUGCCAAGAAGGGCAAAGUAGAGAUCUUCAGACACAUUCUCCAAAGAGAGAUCAAGGAUCCAGAGUACUGGCACCUGUCUCGCAAGUUCACUGAAUGGACCUAUGGACCCGUCCAUGUAUCUCUCUAUGACUUGUCCUCUGUAGAUAGUUGUGAGAAAAACUCUGUGCUGGAGAUCCUUGCUGAGAGCAGUGACACACCAAAUCGAUACAAGAUGGUGGUUUUGGAGCCACUGAACAAGCUGCUUCAGCACAAAUGGGACACAUUUGCUGCCAGGAGAUUUUACUUGAGUUUUUUCUGUUAUUUUAUAUUCAUGGCCAUCUUCACGGUCCUUGCUUACCAUCGUCCCCUGCAGUUACAGUCUCCAUUUCGAGCAGAGUUCACAGCUAUUGGCUUCUUGCAGCUCACUGGACAGAUCGUUGUUUUCCUGGGAGGCUUUUAUCUCAUAAUUGCUCAGAUUCUGUACUUUUUGAGGAGAUGGCGGAGCCUGAAGAACGUGUUCUCUGAUGGCUGCAUUGAGGUCUUUCUCUUGCUCCAGGCAUUCUCGCUGCUGCUUUCAGCUGUGCUAUAUAUUGUGGGUUCAGAAGACUAUGUGCCGACAAUGGUAUUCUCCUUACUGCUGGGAUGGGUGAACAUGCUGUACUACACUCGGGGCUUCCAGUGGACUGGGAUCUAUUGUGUCAUGAUACAGAAGACUAUCCUGAGGGACCUGCUACGCUUCCUUGUGGUUUACGUGAUCUUCCUCUUUGGCUUUGCGGCAGCUCUGGUCACCCUCACAGGGGAUGCCCCUCCGGCUUCCCAGAACAAGUCUGUUACCCCGGAGGAUGGCGAUAAAGGCCACGUUGAGUACAGUGGGCUGCUGAGCACCUCCUUGCAGCUCUUCAAGUUCACCAUCGGCAUGGGGGACCUGGAGUUCCAGGAGCAUGUGAAAUUCAAAUACUUUGUCAUGCUGCUGCUGCUGCUGUUUGUGAUCCUGACCUACAUCCUCCUGCUCAACAUGCUGAUCGCCCUCAUGAGCGAGACUGUCACCAAUGUCUCUGGUUACAGCAAGAGCGUCUGGAAGCUGCAGAGAGCCAUUGCCAUUCUGGAAAUAGAGAAGUCCUGGCUGUGGUGCCCAAAAAGGAGGCAGAGAUCUGGCUGCUUCUUGUCUGUGAGCCUUGAUGAUAAGAAAGAUGAGAGAUGGUGUUUCAGAGUGGAGGAGAUUAACUGGGCCAACUGGGAAAAGGAGCUGGGAGUCAUCAAGGAGGAUCCUGGGAACUCCAGAGCCUUGGAAAUAGAAUCCCUAGUGAAGAAAGUGCGGGACAGGAUGUCACGGGAGCAGGCAAACUCAGCAGCACUGGAGGAGCAGUUGCCAUUACAUCCAUUAGCCAGUGACUGAGAUGAGGCCACCAGAAGAGGACAAGCCAAGAGACUGUAGCAUGUUCUCGGCAUUGGAUCCUGUUGUUGCUCCCAUCCCAAUGAAUUCUUCAUUCUAUGGUGCCACUAAUAUUGAGAUGGAAAAGUAAUCAGUAUUAACAUGUCUCAUCAAAGACUGUGUUUCAGUCUGUUGCUUUUAUGCAUACAAAGUAUUUCCUUUGAAGAAAUCAUUUCUGUUCAACUUCUUCUGCCUGCCUACAAUGCUUAAAAAGAGGAUGUGUGUGUGAGAGAGAUUGGGGGUGUGUAUCCUGGAUGGGAUGGCUUUGUAAUCUAGGCCUCAGGUUUGAAAUUUCUCACUGGAAGCCUGGGUUAAACUUUCAGCUGGAUCAAUUUAGCCCUUCAUGCUGAUGAGACAGAAAAAUUUAGUUCCAUGCAGCUCAAUGUGUGUAGAUUUUUUGGAUGAUACUUUUCCAAACACAGGCCCUGUGUGCUGACAGCAUAAGAUACCAUGUACUUUGUAUGAGAACAGAAGUUUGUCCUAGUGUUUGUGGCCAAAAAUAUUUUCCCUUCUGCACUGUUAUCCUCAGUCUCAUAUGUGACUGCAUUUCAGGCAAUCUGUCUGGGAAGUGCUUUGGAAUUAAAGGUGCAUA